AGUAUUUGUAUCUUAUGUUAUAAAGUAUAAACAGAGAGUGAGCCGACAUAGACCAAGUUAAACCGGUGUGACCGUAGACAGAGCAACCGGCCGUUUGACAGUUGGCAGUUGCUGGUCUUUGCUUUCUGUGUUUUGGGUUUUUAUUUGGAACGUGAAGUGCAGCGGGAAACACGAACUGCGUUGGAAAAAGGGUUUGAACUUUAGGUUUACCAAACGUUCUUUGUGCGUGCGUGCUUGGAUGACUGGAGCCGUUUCGCUUCUUCUGGACUCUUGAGAAUUCAGAUGAUUGGGGCUUUGAUGGAUUGAGCAACACUGGUUGUGGGUAUGGGCAGUGAUAAUGGGAUUCAGACUGUCUCCAAACAAGUGCUAGAACAAGGUUUUGAUUGCCACCAGAAGAAGGAUCUCAAGCAAAUGGACAUCAAGUCUCAAGCUGAGAGAUUUGAUGGAGCUUCUUCUGAAGAUUGCGAUAACUCAUUGCAAGUUGCUUCUUCUUCGUCAAGACGAGGUUUGGAACAUUGCAUCACAGCCCCUGUUGGAACUGAGAGAAACCCACUUAUAGUUGAUGACGAGAUUAUGUUUCCUAGAUCCAUGACAGAAAAGAAGGGAUUCCCUAGGCAGGAUACAAUAUUGGACAGGCUGUCUGAGCAAGUGAAGCAACUGAUUAAUAACCUAGUGAGGAUACAAAACGAUGGGACUGUUGAAGUUGAUCUAGAAAGGAGUGCAUCUGUUGCUCCAGAAUUGUUCGAGCUCCAAUCUUUUGCAGAGUUAACAGUGAGUGAAAGUCUUAGUUCAGAGUCAAAAAAAUGUGUUCCACGGUUACAAAUUGUCAUACUUGUGGUUGGAACUAGAGGCGACGUACAACCUUUUCUGGCCAUUGCAAAGAGACUUCAGGAGUAUGGUCAUCAUGUUAGGCUGGCAACUCAUGCUAAUUUCAAAACAUUUGUAAAGUCUGCUGGUGUCGAUUUCUAUCCUCUGGGUGGUGAUCCUCGUGUAUUGGCAGGAUAUAUGGCAAGGAAUAAAGGUUUGAUCCCUUCUGGACCGGCUGAAGUAUCUACCCAAAGAAAGCAGCUGAGGGCCAUCAUUGAUUCCCUUCUUCCGGCAUGCACAGCACCUGAUAUGGAAACUGGUGUUCCUUUCAGAGCUCAAGCUAUUAUUGCCAAUCCUCCUGCUUAUGGACAUGUACAUAUUGCUGAGGCCCUUGGGGUACCCCUCCACAUCUUCUUCACAAUGCCAUGGACGCCAACAUAUGAGUUCCCCCACCCUUUGGCACGUGUUCCUCAAAGUGCUGGUUAUUGGCUGUCCUAUAUAAUUGUAGAUCUAUUGAUAUGGUGGGGAAUGCGAGGAAUUAUCAAUGACUUCAGGAAAACAACAUUGAAGCUUGCUCCUAUUGCAUACUUCAGUAUGUACCGUGGAUCAAUAUCUCAUUUACCGACUAGCUAUAUGUGGAGUCCUCAUGUUGUUCCGAAACCAAGUGACUGGGGCCCUUUAGUUGAUGUUGUUGGUUAUUGUUUCCUGAGCCUUGCAUCAAAGUAUCAACCUCGGGAAGACUUUGUCCAUUGGAUUAAAAAAGGACCACCACCUUUAUAUUUUGGGUUUGGGAGCAUGCCUCUUGAAGAUCCUACAAGAACAACAGAUGUUAUAUUGGAGGCACUAAAAGAUACUGAACAACGGGGAAUUAUUGACCGGGGUUGGGGCAAUCUAGGGAAUUUGGCAGAACUUCCUGACAAUGUUUUCCUUCUAGAGGAAUGCCCUCACGAUUGGCUGUUUCCUCAAUGUUCCGCUGUGGUGCAUCAUGGUGGAGCUGGAACCACGGCUACAGGAUUAAAAGCUGGGUGUCCGACAACCAUAGUUCCAUUCUUUGGAGAUCAGUUCUUUUGGGGAGAUAGAAUAUAUCAGAAAGAGUUGGGACCAGCCCCAAUACCAAUAGCUCAGCUCAGUGUUGAGAAUUUAUCAAAUGCCAUAAGAUUUAUGCUCCAGCCAGAGGUGAAAUCUCGAGCAAUGGAAAUUGCUAAGUUGGUUGAGAAUGAAGAUGGUGUUGCCGCUGCGGUUGAUGCAUUCCAUCGCCAUCUACCUGAUGAACUGCCACUGCCAAUUCCAUCUCCGGUGGAGGAGGAUCACUUGAAUCCUUUGCAGUGGUUUUUUCUCCAACUUGGAAAGUUCUGUUGUGCACCUUGUGGUGGUGUGUAGGUUUUCUAUAUUAAUUUCUUUUGUAUUUUCUUUGAUUCAUUUUAGAAUUACAUUUUCUAGGAGCUCUCCAUUUUUUCAGAAUGAUUUCUUAGUGUUUUGCUUAGUUAUUUCAUUCAUUCUGUCAACUCUCUAUUGUGAGGGCUUGACUGAUAGUUCAUAUUCACGUAUAUUGUAUAUUUGAUCCCCCACAGAGGUAUAUAGGUUGUGUCAUUAGUGGUAGAUAUUCAGAAUAUGAAGAGCUGGUAACCUCAUUCAUGUAGCGGCUGCUCCAAAUUGGUUGUCUCUGUAUGUUUUGAAAUUUGAUUGUUGAUAAUAAUAUCAUGAAAAAGAAUUGCGUAUAUUA